GCGGACCGUUAUCGCUGUAACACAACGUGCAGCCCCAGAAACAAACUGUAUUCACAAUUUGCUUUAAAGUUUAAAAGUGUGAAGAAAAUAAGAGCGAAUGUGAAGCUGAGCACAAAGUCGGGCUAGCUGUCAGCUUUAGCUAAAACAUCGAAGGACAGGCAGCCUGUCACGGUGAAGAUAGACGGUCUCCACCUUGGCUUUUGAUCCCCUGUCCCGCUGUCCAAAGCUCAGGAAGAGCAGCCAGAGGCUGUUCACCAGCGAUGAGGGGCUGGUGAACAGAAACCGCACAACAGGAUAUAACCCGCUUUCAGGUUGAUGUUAGGAAGCUGGUCCGCACAGAGGAGGUAAACAUGAGGUACUGCAGGCGACUGCUGUCUGAGCUAAAGCUGUGGACUUCAGGAAGAAGUAAAUGGACAAGGGGACUUAAUGAAGGCCUUGGUGGGAGUGGAAAGGCAUUUUUGUCUACUUCUAGCUGUCCAAAGGUGUGUAUCGUUGGGAGCGGUCCGGCAGGUUUCUACACGGCGCAGCAUCUUAUCAAGGCCCGUCAGGAUGUGGAGGUGGACAUUUACGAGCGACUGCCCGUCCCCUUUGGCCUGGUCAGGUUUGGAGUGGCCCCUGACCACCCUGAAGUCAAGAAUGUCAUCAAUACUUUUACUCAAACAGCCAAACAUUCCCGCUGUAGUUUCUACGGCAACGUCAAUGUCGGGAAGGAUGUGACCGUCGGCGAACUGCAGGGGGCGUACCACGCAGUCGUACUGAGUUAUGGGGCGGAGGGCAACAGGAGGAUGGGGGUGCCGGGCGAAGACCUGCCCGGCGUCUACUCAGCCAAAGACUUUGUAGGCUGGUACAACGGCCUGCCCAGCUGCCGAGAGCUCAAACCGGACCUGAGUUGCGAAACAGCCGUCAUUCUGGGACAAGGCAACGUGGCCUUGGAUGUGGCUAGGAUACUUCUGUCUCCCUUAGACAUUUUAAAGAAAACGGACAUAACCCAGCCGGCCCUGGAAGCCCUCGCCGAGAGUCGGGUUCAGAAGGUGCUGAUAGUCGGCAGGAGGGGACCCAUGCAGGUUGCGUGUACAAUCAAGGAGCUCAGAGAAAUGGUGAACCUGCCAGGAACCAGGCCCGAGAUGGUGACAGCUGACUUCGAAGGCGUCUCAGAAGCCCUCAAAGACGUCCCGCGGCCCAGGAAGCGUCUCACCGAGCUGCUGCUGAAGACGGCCCUGGAUGCGCCCAGAGACAAGGAGCUGGAGAGGCGGAGAAACGUCGCCAAGGUCUGGGGGUUCCGAUUCUUCCGGAGCCCCACGGAGAUCUUAGCUGACCCCGGCCGCAGCCGAACGGCCGGCAUCCGACUGGCGGUCAACAGGCUGGAGGGGUCAGGAGACGCAGCUCGGGCUGUUCUGACCGGAGAGGUGGAAGACGUCUCCUGCGGUCUGGUCAUCAGCAGCAUCGGCUACAAGAGCCUCCCCAUCGACCCCGUCGUGCCGUACGACUCCCGCAGAGCCAUCGUGCCAAACUCAGUGGGCCGGGUUCACCAAGCCGCAGGCUUGUAUUGCAGCGGCUGGCUGAAAACGGGCCCCACAGGUGUGAUAGCCACCACUAUGAACAACAGCUUCGACACGGCCCGGUCCCUGCUGGAGGACAUGGACUCUGGAGCGUUGGACGUGUCGGCUGCCAAACCCGGAUCGCAAGCAGUCAGCAGUCUGCUGGAGGAGCGAGGAGUGAAACCAGUCGCCUUCUCAGACUGGGAGAAGAUCGACAGCUUGGAGACAAGGAGGGGGGACGCUUGCGGCAAACCCAGAGAGAAACUACUGAGUGUAGAAGAAAUGCUGAAGGCGGCCUGGUCGUAACGGUCAAGCAGCAGGCGGAGUCCAGGAGAACGACGAUACAAUGACUGGUUACUGUAUCCAUGGGGACCAGAUUCAUACAGUACAAACAUACUGUAUGGCAUCAACUUAUUACUAAGUUGAUUCUUACAGCACAAAGAUAAAUAUUCAGUUAAUUUCAGCUGAAACAUAAUAUAGAACAGGGGUGUCCAAAGUGUGGCUGGGAGCCAUUUUUGGCUCUUGAAAUUAUUUUUGUUUGGCCUCUGACCA